UGUGGUGGCCGAAGAAGAAAGGGACGGUGAUUGGGGUUGUUGAAGAACCUCGCAUGAUCUCGAUGAUCUCGAGUACCCGUUUCAUUUUCUGCAAUCCAAUUGAGUCUCGUUGACCUUAGCAAACAUGAAACCCUGCUGCACAAUCAAAUCUGUCUUAUCUUCACAUCUCUCCUGGGUAAGAAGAGUGGCACACUUGGUUUAGAAUUUCGAGUGGGCUUCAGGAGCUGACGUACCCGUAGCAGCCAGAUAUUCUUCAUGUACGCAUAGUCCGUGUACCUUCAAUGAGCAAGCCCGGUGUAAAAGUGGGUGAGGAUUAAUCAAUAGCGACCCCAUUCAUGGCAGUGAUUGAUGGCGAAUCACCCUUUUGGGCAGAAUUUAGAUCCCAUCGAAGUUGAGCACCCGGUCUGUCUGUCUGUCAUGAGGACCAUUAAUGAUAAAGAACCUGAAACCGAGAAGGCGAAUAGUUUCAUUGGACUGAGCAACCCGAGCCACAACAUUUCCAGUGCGAGCAACAGCAUCAGCACUUAAAGAGGAAUUCUACAAAUAGAAGCACUCUUAUCUCCAGCAACUUGCGGCAGAUUGGUCAGAUCAUGGUUUUUCUGGCCGAUGGCCCAACUGCCAUGCCUCUGACUAAUGGCCAUCGAGUCCAAGAUGACCAAAGUCCAAAAAAGUCGAAACGUCGACAUGGAUUACAACGAAGUGCCACAAUUUCAGUGGGCUCGUUCCGAAGACUUUUGGAUACAUUUAAUCAGGCCAAGCAGCCUGAAAAACCCAACCGAACGAUGAGUCCAGUACCAAUGGUUGAGUCUCAACAACCUGUUGAAAUUAUUCGAUCUUUGGCAGACUUAGAACCCAGCCUAAAAGAAAGUGAUGCAAAGCCACAAGGGUUCGGGACCAAGGCUCUCACAAGUAGUUUAUCUUUGGAAGAUAUUCGCUUAUGGAACAGCCGCGUGUUGAGUGGUCCACAAACGUGCUUUGCCGCAGGUCCCAACAAAUCUACCACUAACGUGGCUUGGUUGGUGGGUGGGGCGGGUUCCCAUCAUAUUGACAUCUUAGAAGAUCCUCAACCACCGUCUCACCUCAACGUGAAAGAUCAUGAUGAUGUGGACAUCACAGGAACCGAAUUGGAACAUCCCCAGUGCCGUGAGCCCAACCAAAGAGCCUACACCUUAUCUCGUAGCAAAAGUGUGUGCGACAUCCAAGUGAUGAAUACCUCUAUGAGUUCCAUUGGAACCAUGUCCAGAUCAUUGAAACGGGACAAAUCCACCCAAUCCAAAGGCAAAAUUGUGAGGAAUCGUACCAUUCUUGGCAGCUUCCCUUUGUUCUAUAAACUCAGCCAAUCGCUGAGUUCCUUGAACACCAAAACCAGCCUGGACGAGGCGGAGAUGUCUUCUGUGUAUUCUCAUGGGGUUCUUGGCACUCUAGAAUCAUCUUCAGUGUACAGUGAUAGCAUCGUGAAAACCGUCACUUUUGAUAUCCCUCAACAUUGUCAGGAAUUGAAUGAGUCCAGAAACGAAAGGAAAGUGUGUGGUGGUUCCAGUGUUCAGCGUUUGAAUGGCGCUAUGGAACCGCUAACAGCAUUGCCGCCCAAUCUGGUGCAUACCCCUCAAGGAGCGGGAUCGUCACCCUUGAACAGUUCCAUCGACAGUGCCAAUCCCAAGUCCUUGGACCACCACCAUCACAACAGUUGUUCCACCAAUGGAACCGUUGUGACCGGGAAUGGUGGAGAGGUGGUGCCCAGACAAGCCGCUCAAUCCGAUGAUGAUUCCGGAUGUGCGCUAGAAGAGUACACGUGGGUGCCUCCGGGACUAAAACCAGACCAGGUUCACUUGUACUUCUCCAAUCUGCCCGAAGAUAAGGUCCCGUAUGUAAAUUCGAUCGGAGAGAAGCAUCGCAUCAAACAGCUGUUGCAACAACUUCCGCCUCAUGACAAUGAAACGAGGUUCUGCAACAACCUCAGUGAGGAUGAGAAGAAAGAGCUGCGAUUGUUCGCCAACCAACGGAAACGCGAGGCUCUUGGGAGGGGCUCCGUCAAGCAAAUGCCAGUCACACUCCAAAAUCCCAUGAAAUGUGAUAACUGCCCAUCACACGUGGAUGGAGGGGACAUUUGUGUGGUGGCCUCUCGAGCCGGUUCAAAUCGUUGUUGGCACCCGAAUUGCUUCGUGUGCUCGAUAUGCAACGAACUCCUGGUGGAUCUCAUCUAUUUCUAUAAGGAUGCGAAGCUUUUCUGUGGGCGGCACCAUGCGGAAACCAUCAAACCCAGAUGCUCUUCAUGCGAUGAGAUCAUCUUUUCCGACGAAUGUACCGAAGCCGAGGGUCGAGCUUGGCACAUGAAACACUUUGCCUGUUUUGAAUGCGAUCUCCAAUUGGGUGGACAACGUUAUAUCAUGCGAGAUGGACGACCAUAUUGUCUCAGGUGUUUUGAUUGCAUGUUUGCCGAGUACUGCGAUGCCUGUGGAGAGACCAUUGGCGUGGAUCAAGGUCAAAUGGCACACGAAGGGCAGCAUUGGCACGCCAACGAAAAGUGUUUCUCAUGCAAAACGUGUCAAGUGUCGCUUUUGGGCCGACCGUUUCUCCCUCGACGCGGUCUGAUCUAUUGCUCAGUGAGCUGCUCCAAGGGCGAACCACCCACCGGUAACAACCAUCACCAAGUGUAUGAUAACAUCAAUGUCGGCAUGGUGAGCCAUGGUGGCACUCACAAUUCAAGCUCGGUCAACAUCUCAACGACAACCAGCACAAACACUACCAACAAAGCCGUGAAUGAGACGUCGGAUCUGUCGUUCUCCGAGCAAAGCAGUUUUACCAUGUCGCCCCAAAUCCACCGAAAGACAGCGGUGAUCAACAAAGGCGACCCGAGCUUGUCUGCCCUCGAGGGUCAAGGCUUUGUGUGGGGUUCGGGCGUGACCAAGGCCUUGCAGCCCCAAGGAAGUGCGUCCUCCAGUGGCUUGGGAGGGGAUAGCAGUGAUCAGUGUGUGACUCCCACCAAAACGUUGACAUCUGAGCCGCCCAACCCUUUGGACAACAACACUCCCAUGAUUUCGAGCAUGAUUUUAUCACCCACGGAGACCUCGGCAAACGUUGGCCAUAAAAAGAAGAUCCCUCCUCCUGUCAAGGAGAAACCCAAGUUCAGGCCGAUCUUGCAGAACGCCAAUGGCCAUAGCAGCAGCAGCAGCAACAACAACAGCAACAACAACGGGCAAGUCGCAUUUGUACCGAGGUCACCUCAAGUGCAGCGUCGUGAGAGCUGGAAUGAGUAUGACACCAAGUAUGAUAAAUAUGGAAGCCUGGGUCGUAAAGAGUCCAUGGGGCGUUACCGUAAACACCAGCAGCAGCUCCAAUCCUCGUCGAGCUCCUUCGAUUUCAGCGCUCUGACGUCCCCAUUGAUUCCUCGUAAUCCUAUGGGAGGCAACGCCCGUGAAGAGACCCCUCGAUAUGCCAAUGCUUCCAUGAUUCAGGCGGCCAAGUCGCCCUUGAUGGGAAGACAUGCUUAUGGCACGCCCAAGAUGGCCCAUAGGCCAAUGACCAAGCCACAGUUACCUGCUCGAAACCCCUACCACCAGUCUCAGCAUCAGGAGAACCUAGCCCCCGUUACCUCUCUGGAUCAGAUCCUCCAGUCUCCGCCACAAACCCCCAGGCAUGUCCGAGAGCGGAGUUUCUACAAGCCCAAUCAAAACCACGGAGGAUACUUCGUACAGGCUCCCUCUCAGCAGCAGACCCAACAGGUGCCCCCCCAUCACCAACACCACCACCAUCCGUAUCAUCCUCAGAAUCAGCCAGCCCAGUUUGCCUCCCCGUUCACAACCAAAACCAUUGACCGCCGUCAGUUGGAGUUCAACUUGGAAAAGCUCAUUGCUGAACAAGGUAUUGAGAUCAUUGGUCAGAUCACCAAAGACAUGACCCCCUAUCAGAUCCAGCAACUGCUCCACAUCACCAAGAACAAAUUGGAACCGACGUCCCAUGAGGUGCGGAGUCGGCGCCCUCUCGAUCUCAGUAGCUUCGACGACUCCAAACUUGAAAACAUCCUCACCGAGCUCUCGGUGAAUUCCACACCUCAGCAAGCGCCCCGCCCACCUCUCAAUGGCUACCAACAUUCCCGCAUGCCAUCCAUGCCCGAGUAUGCCAAUGGCCACCCAGCCAACAACAUGAACCGCCCCGGGGGCGACGAUUCCACAGACGAUGAAGGAGACGGUAAAAACCAUCGUGGCAAACGGCACAGCAAACGACACCAUCGCUCAUCCAAGAAUCUUUCGGUCCACUUUGAUCCCGCUCAGAUCCGUCCCUCGCCUCCGCAAUACGAUCCUAAUCUCAAGCAUCGCCACUUGUCGCCCGCCGUGCCAAGAAAGUCUAAAAAUAAACCUGUUGACAGAUAUGGCUCUCUUCCACGAAGCAACUCAUACUCGGGGCGAUUCGAGGAGCCCUUUAGGCGAUACCAUCCCGAAGAUGACUACUCAAGUUCUUCCUCGGACAGCGACGAUCCUUACGCUUAUCAAUUACCACCCAGGAAGGCCUACGGCGGCGUAAGAGUCACGUAUGUGCCCAACGAUAGACGAGCAGUCCUGCAAAAUCGGGACCAAAGGCGACGUCAUCCCAGCGGGGGAAGUUUAGCUGCUCAUCCCAAUAUCAUGCCUCUGCAAAGGCCAAGGCAGUCCUCAGUCCAGCCUUCGGUUCCACCCAUGGGUCCACCUACGGUCGGGCAUCAUCCUUCGGGACAUCACCCUGUUCAAGGACGUCAAAUGGCGGCUCAAUUCCAGCCCCAGUCAUUGCCCAUCCAACAGAACCUUCAACCGUAUCCUCAAGGGGCAGCCGAGAUGGUGAAUGCGGAUCCCAAAGACAAGAACUGCAUCAUUUCAUGAGGAUGAUGAAGACACAUGUGUGUGUGUGUGUGUGUGUCGGUCUGUGCAUCCACCUGCACCGUGGGACAUUGAAAAAAGUGCCUGUGAUAUUUGCAUACCUGCUCCAUUGAUGUGGGCAAGUGGUGGACCAUGGUUGGAAGUGUGACAUUUUAUGGCACCAAUCACUUAGUAUUGUGAUUGGACUUUGUUCCUAACUUGUUUCAAGAAUAUAUAUUUCCCUAGUCAUGCCAUCAUGAA